GUCGGAUCCCGGUUCGAAUUUUUCCAAUUUUUCAAUCUUCUCGCAAUAUACUGUCGGAGUUUGCUUGCGCGACAACAAAACAAAAUAUUGUGAUAAUUUCUCAAGCAAAUCAAGGAAAUUAGGAAAAUUUGUUACAAUAACUUAAUUUCGAUUUCUCAAAAAGUGCACACCAUGGGUGGGGGUGAUUUGAACACCAAAAAAUCUUGGCACCCAAAUACAUUCAAGAACCAGGAACGCGUCUGGAAAGCAGAACAAGCGGAUGCAGCUGAAAAACGGAAACUGGCUGAACUGCAACAUGAACUAAACGAGGAGCGCAAUCGGGAGGAGUUGAAAAGCAUCGCCAAGAAAUCCGGCCUGAUAGCAGACACCGAUGGCGAUCGUAAGCUGGAAUGGAUGUACAAAGGACCGCAGGUCAAUCGGGAGGAGUAUUUGCUCGGUCGUACGGUAGACAAAAACUUCGAACAGUUGGACGCACAGGAGAAAGCGGGUCCGAGUGUUGGAAUAACGCAACCCAAGAACCACGUAGAGCAUGAGUGCAUCCCGUUUUCGAUCCGGCAGUACAAGGGCCUGGAGGGAACGGACCAAGUUGAUAUUACCCGCAAACUGAUGGAGGAUCCACUGAUGGCCAUUAAGCAGAAAGAAAUUGAGAGCAGGCAAAAAAUUCUCGAAAAUCCGGUCAAGUUAAAGGAACUCCACCGGCUGCUGAAGAGCGACAAAAGUAUCAAAAAUCGAAAAAGCAAGAAGAAAGAGAAGAAGGAGAAAAAAAAAAAAUCCAAGAAAAAUAAAAAGCAUUCUGAGUCUAGCGCAGGGUCAGAUUCAGAUGAUGAAAGCAAAGAUCUUGAUAAGCUUCUAGCCGAAAAAUAUAAGAAAGUUCAGAAUGCCAUGGGGCAAGAAAAAGGCGAAGAAGUCGGUUUAGACAAGCUUUUGACCAUGAAAUACCAAAAGUUGUCUAAGGAGCUCAACAAAAUGGCCAAGCAUAAAAAGUCCAAGAAAAAGAAACGUAAAAGUAAUAGCUCCGAGUACUCCGAUUCAGAUUCUGAUUGCGACUCUCAGACUAAAAAACAAAAGUCUGUUACAAAGGAUAGGAGGCCUGCGUAUGCUGCGAAACGUCGAAGUAGAUCAAGAAGUCACGACAGAAACCGCGACAGCCGAGACAGAAGGUACAGAAAUGUCUCAAAAAGUCCGGAACAUAGCCGUAAACAUUAUGUGGCAGAUAGAGAAGGUAAACACCGGAUACGGAGUCGUGAACGCGGACGUUCCCCUGAUUUUAAACGUAAUCGUUCUCGUUCUAAAGAUCGAGAACAUCGUCGUAAAUCGCCCUCGCCAUCAAGCUCCAGCUCUGAUUCUGCUACUAACCGUCAGAAAUAUGACUCUGAUGACGGAAGACAUCCGCCUGCGGCCAAGAAUUUCGGCUUAGUCUCCGCAUCCGGCAAAAAGUUGGAAUUAUCUAAGCGAGAUGAGGUACGCCUGUACAAGCGAGAGGAAAUCAAAGCUCAUCAGUCGAGUCAGAAACCGUCAUACACCAGACCGGAACGGAAGAAGCCGCUUACCGAACAGGAAAUGGAAGCCCAGCGCAAUGCAAUGCUAGACAAUGCCAGCUGGAGGGACAAGGAGCGCAAGAAAAAUGUGAAACGAUACGAAGACGAAGAACGAAGGCAAGACCAGAAGGAUCAUGCGAGAAAGUACGACAAGGAUUUCGUCAACAAACAGUUCAAACAUGCUGCCAACAAUGAAACGGUCGAGAAACGUAUCAAGUCGAACAGAAAUAAUAUCCAGCGAUCCGGUGGGGCUAUGAAUGAUAAUUUUGCAAAACGCUAGAGUGGGUGAAAAGAAUAAAAUAGAAAAUAAAUGCUCAGCUGCGAUAGCA